CCACAUUAUUUAAUGUCAUUUUCAAUUUCCUCAUUACACACUCACUUGUAAAAUCUGGUCUAAAUAAUACAUUUGUACUUUUGCGCACCACACCACACCCACAUCAAAUUCCGCCCUCUUCUUCCUCCUUCCUCAGCUCCCUUCUCUGCUUUCCUCCAUCUUCAACAAAAUCUAGGGUUUUUCUCUUUCUCUCUCUACUUUCUCUAUCCUCCCUUUCACUCGAUCACCUCCCAAAUCUCGCCUUUUCUUCUCCCACCUUUUUGCCCCCUUUUCCCUCUUUCAAUUCCAGUCAAUUUCUGGGGUUUCCACUAGAUCUGUCCGCCAUUUUUGCGCACCUUCAAGUUCCGAGCUUUUUGGGUUUUCUCUCUUUGUCUUCCCCUCUUUACUGGCUGAUUCUUCGUCAUGUUUUGGAAGCUCACUGCCUUGUCUGCUUCGUCGCCGGUUGAUACUAUAUUAGACAAGGACAACUUCACUUUGGAAGAGCUGUUGGAUGAAGAAGAAAUAAUCCAAGAAUGCAAAACUUUAAACAGUCGCUUGAUUAACUUCUUACGGGACAGAGCUCAGGUGGAGCAGCUUUUACGCUAUGUUGUAGAAGAACCUCCAGAGGAUGCUGACAGCAAACGCACCUUCAAGUUCCCAUUUGUGGCUUCAGAGGUUUUUACAUGUGAAAUUGAUGUCAUUUUGAGGACAUUAGUGGAAGAGGAGGAGAUGAUGGAUUUUCUCUUCUCAUUUUUGGAACCCAACCGACCUCAUAGCGCCUUGCUUGCUGGGUAUUUCAGCAAAGUUGUUGUGUGUCUCAUGUUGAGGAAGACAGUCCCACUCAUGAACUAUGUGCAAGCUCACCAAGAUGUUUUCCAGCAGCUGGUUGAUUUGAUUGGAAUUACAUCCAUAAUGGAGGUCUUAGUUCGACUUGUAGGUGCUGAUGAUCAUGUUUACCCCAAUUACAUGGAUGUCAUGAGGUGGUUAGCUGACAGUAAUUUGCUGGAGAUGAUAGUUGAUAAAUUGAGUCCUUCUUGCCCAUCAGAGGUACAAGCUAAUGCAGCAGAAACACUGUGUGCUAUUACUCGGAAUAUGGGCUCGCCUCUUGCAGCAAAACUUUCCAGUCCCAGCUUUGUUGAAAGGAUCUUUGCUCAUGCGCUCGAAGACUCCUCAACCAAGUCUGGUCUAGUACAUUCCUUGUCUGUAUGUAUAUCUUUACUGGAUCCAAGAAGAUCGACAUCUUCUUUGUUGUACCAUUCUCUACGAGGCCAACAUAUGUACGAGGCGCCUAUUGCUGUAAAUCCUGACACUGUGAGCGCAAUGAUACCUAGACUAGGUGAUUUGCUAAUGCUUUUGAAUGUGACAUCUGAUGAGAAGAUUUUACCCACACCAUAUGGUUUUCUAAGACCACCUCUAGGAAAACAUCGGCUCAAGAUUGUUGAGUUCAUUGCUGUUCUGUUGAAAGCUGGCAACCAAGCUGCAGAAGAGGAAUUGGUGAACUCUGGAACCAUCAAAAGAGUCUUAGAUCUCUUUUUUGAGUACCCAUACAAUAAUGCAUUACAUCAUCAUGUUGAAAGCAUAAUAUCAUCCUGCUUGGAGAGCCGGAAUGAUACUAUUAUUGAUCAUCUUUUCAAAGUUUGUGAUUUGAUCAGAAAGAUUCUUGAUGCUGAUAAGCAUCCUAUGCUUUCUAGUGAUCGUGAACUGCCAACAGUACCUGCUGUUGAUAAGAAGCUGCCAAGGGUUGGUAAUGUGGGACAUAUAACUCGAAUUGCUAACAAAAUUGUACAACUUGGACAAGGCAACAGAAGCAUUCAAACAUAUAUUCAGGAAACUGGUGAAUGGAACGAAUGGCAUGCUUUAGUUUUGCAGGAAAGAAACGUGUUAGAAAAUGUCUACCGUUGGGCGUGUGGGCGUCCAACUGCAUUGCAUGACAGAACAAGGGAUAGUGAUGAUGACGACCUUCAUGAUAGAGACUAUGAUGUUGCUGCUUUAGCCAAUAACCUUAGUCAGGCUUUUAGACCUGAUUUAUUCGGGAAUGAAGGUGCUGAAGAGGACAAUGGGGCUGUUGAUCGGGAUGACGAGGAUGUCUACUUUGAUGAUGAAUCUGCUGAAGUUGUUAUAUCUUCAUUGCGUCUUGGUGAUGACCAAGGAAGUUUGUUCACAAAUUCAAAUUGGUUUACUUUUAAAGACGAGCGAACUGAUGAUACACCAGUGAGUACCUCUCUAUCUGAUGCAAUGGAUGAUAUCAGUUUGAACGGAAUUGUAAAUGGUGGGAACAGCAGCAGUGAUGACGAGGUUGUUGUCGGUGAGGAUGAAGAGUUGGCCGAUGCUAAAGACUCCACUAGUGGCACAUCCAGCUCCGAGCAGAGUGAUAUGCAUGUAUGUGGAAAAAAUCCAGUUGAUGACGAAGAGAGUAAGAUUUGCAAGGUGGACCCUUCCCUUGGGGCAGCAACUGCUGGAUCUGAUUGUUCUGAUACUAAGGACCAAAUUGCAGAAAGGCCUGCACCAGAUUGGGUGAAUUGGGGUGAAACAUCAGGUUUGUUGGUUGAUGGAUCGAGUACCAACCCAUUUGUUGAUCAUGUGCACCCUGUUAGUGAUUGCAAUGUGGAUGAGGUGGUGAUACCUAACAAAAGCUCUGAAAAUGGGGAAGUCACACUGCCAAAUGGCACUUCAAGAGUUGAAGACUGCAGGGAAGCAUCAGCUAAUGGUGAUUUAAGCCAAAAACCUUCUGCCGCUCCCUCAUUAUUUGAAGAGGAUGUAGAGUUUGUUGGUGUUGAACCUGAAGGUACGGAGAAGGCAAUGGAACAGGCACUAAAGGAAGGAAUAGUUGGUGAAGCAGGGCCUUUGAAGAAAAAUGUUGUACCAUCAAAAGUAUCGGAGGAGAAGCCUGAUGAAGGUGCACCAGGGACAGAGUUCAAUGAUGCAAAUUACUGGAGGGUUGAACAGGAGGUUUCUGUUCUUGAGUGAAGCUAGCUGAUUUAUCAGCGUAUGAUGCUAAGCUUGUUCUAGUGCUGCCGAUCCCCCUUUCCAAAAUGGCAAAUGCAUUUAAGCCAAACUUAUGUACAGUAUGUCUUUGGCUUUUCUUUGUGGAGGAUCAAAUGAUAAUUUAUCCACUGCUUAAUUUUGUUUUUUCUCAUUGCAUAUGUUCUGUCCAUUAUUCGAGCUGUGUUGAUGUUUUGGCAUAUUUAGUUCUUUUUACCUAUAUUUCUUUCUGGUCCAGCAAAUCUGUUAAGGAUUGAGUUUCCAAUAUGAGAUCAAAACUCAGACAUAAAUUGUAGUCUUAUCAUAGUAUUAAUGGAGGGGACCUCCAUUUAUCCGGUUUUGUGCAGAUUUUUUUUUUCCUGUCAAACUUUCCACAGUUUUGCGGGGAAGGUUGUUGGUUUUGACAUGAAUUUUGUAUUUAUUAACUUGCAAUAGUGUUAGCAUUGGAUGCA